AUAAUAGCGCUCGCUCCUUGCUCUCUUUAUUCUCCAGUGUUUUGUGCUGAGUUUUUUUUUUCAGAUCUGACGAUUAAUACAUCCUUGUAUUGAGCCAAGAUUUUAUUGCAUUCAGAAUUUGAUCCAAACCGUAAUCUGGAUACAACUUUGAAAAACGUGUCGCCAUGAUCGGCAGUCCGGCCGUGGUCAGCGCGCGACUGUCGCCGAGCCCGUCGCCGUGUCCGUCGCCCGUGCUGCGGCGGCGACAGUCCGCCGCCAGCCGAAACGUCGCCGCGGACCCGGGGUCGCACUGCGGCUCCACCGGCCAGGGCCGCUUCGAGCACUUCCCGGCCGACGACCCCGCGCAGCAGGCUGCCGGCGAGCGGGUGCGUCGAAAGCUGCAGUUCUUCUUCAUGAACCCGAUCGAGAAAUACCGCGCUCGGAAGAAGCUGCCAUUCAAGCUGAGCCUUCAGAUAUUCAAAGUGGUGCUGAUCACUAUCCAGCUAAGCUUGUUUGCCACAAGCCGGCUUGCCCAUGUCAGCUUUCUGGAGAACACCCAGUUCUCGCUGGAUCACCUCUUCAUCCUGGGCUGGGAUGUGACGCGUGAGGUGAACGUCUACCCUCCCGGCGCCGGACCGCUGGCCGUCUACUCGCAACAGAGCUACUUCGAGACGCUCGACUUCGCUGUGAAUGCCUACCACGACCUGGACAACCUGACGGUGAGCGGGAUCGGCUACACGGACGACACAGUGCCGCCGGUACGCCUCUGUCUGAAUGGGUAUCGUCGCGCUCGUGUCUUCCCAGCCAAUCUGUCGUACGCUUUCGACGCGCAUGUGCGCCAGCGUUGUUUGGAUCUGAGGCCAACCCCUGUAGAAAUACAAAACCACAAUUUCUCCACGCGUGCUUUCCUUGGUAAGCACGACUUCAAUGUGUCCUUUGUCGCCCUGACGCGCACCACGCUGUCGUUCGCGCUGAACGCCGUGCGCCUGAAGGAGAUGAUUCCGGCCAACGAGCCGGACUGCUACCGGCUCCAGGCGGCGUUGGUGCUCGAGAACGGCGGUCAGGACGGCAGGAUGCUGGUCAGGAUGAAUGUAGAGUCGCACCUGAAGCCGUGCAACGGCAACCUGGAAACCAGCGGCGGCGGCGCCCCGCUGAAGGUGUUCUUCACGAUCAUCAGCUCUCUGGUCAUUGUGGUCUGUAUUUCUUCUUUCGCUAUGUGCAUGCGUUCCAUGUAUCGAGCACAGCUGCUACGAAUCGAGACCGUGUCUCUGUUGCACGAACAUUUUGAAUACGACCUGACCUACGAGGAACAGUUGCGCUUCCUCAAUCUUUGGUACGUCCUCAUCAUCAUCAACGACGGACUGAUUGUUUUCGCGUCUCUCAUCCAUAUCCAGCUGGAUAUAGACUUGAUCCCGUCUCCUAUUGGUGUCGAGACCUGGAACUUGUGUGCCGUGGUGCUGGGGGCCGGCAACCUCCUCGUCUGGGUAGGCAUGCUGCGCUACUUCAGCUUCUUUAAAUCCUACAACGUCCUGAUCCUGACAGUGAAGAGCGCCAUGCCGAGCGUGCUGCGAUUCUCGGUGUGUGCAACUAUUUCCUAUGCCGGCUUUGUCUUCUGUGGCUGGCUCGUUCUGGCGCCAUAUCAUCUCAAGUUCCGCACCAUUAGCAAGACUUCCGAGACGCUAUUCUCGCUGAUGAAUGGGGAUGACAUGUUCGCGACCUUUGCUCAGGUUUGGCCUCGGUCCAGCAUGAUUUAUUGGUUCUCAAAGCUUUACAUCUACGUAUUCAUUUUCUUCUUCAUCUACGUCGUCAUCAGUCUUAUGAUUUCGAUCAUCAUGGACUCGUACGAGACCAUCAAGGCCUUCUACCGCGACGGGUUCCCGAUGUCGCCGCUGGACGAGUUUCUGGCGGUGCGCCGCUCGGCUCCCGAGACGGGCGUGUACCGCGAGGACGAGGACGACUGCUCGCUGCGCCAGCUGUGCUGCUGCGUCCGCCGGCGCGGCGACGCCGACCGACAGCCCAUCAUCGCUGCGGUGGACGACAACGGCGUCACGGCGGAGCCGCCGCUGCUCCGGACGCCGCAGGAUCACGACGCUGGCGACAUUACCGUGUGAGAACUGUGACGCACCAGCUCCGACUGAGGUCUGGCUGAGACAGCCAGCGCCCGUCGGUUCAGUGAGGUACGAGAGCUUUCAGCACAAGCGUCAGAGGACAUCGCGUGACAGGCACGUGACGAUGCCUUGUUGCCAAAGAGGUGUGACCUGAGCAUAAAGUGUUUAUUAUCCCAACGCUUUUACCCAUCGUGUGCGUGGUUGGCUGUUUCUUGUAAUCGAUGUGUACGAUAAGUUAUAACUCAGACUUACUUUACCUGUAUUUUACAUGCGUACCUGUAUUCCUAAAAUACGUGAUUUGGGCUUAUGUACGUGAACGUGUUCUUUUGAAGAUUAAUGAUGUUCCUUUUUCAUACAUCGUUUUCUUUUAGAAUUAGACAACGGUAAUUUGUUUUACAUUCAGCAAUUUUCGUUGAAAAAUUUCUAUUUUUGGAAGCGGAUGGAUGACUAAAUGUUCGCUGCUUUUUAAAAAAAUAAUUUAGGCUCAGAUUGAAGUUCAUGCCUUUUGCCAUUUUAAAACUUUUUAAUGGUUUAUAUUCCGUUAUAUUUGACGCUAGCAGACGCCAGGCCAUGUCCUGUGAAACACUCAGCGGUGUAUGUUCGCCAGCCUGACGACUUCACGUAUUGGCUGUGUCAUGUGUGCCCGGUACUUGGUAGACCAGAUACCGCUUCACCUCCGAGAUAGUCAAGAUCCAUCACCCAGGGAGUUGCGCUCUGCAGAGCUGGGCAAGUGCGUUCCUUUAGUGCGCUCCUGCGUUCUUCCGUACGUACGCACCGCCCUUUUUAGGAACGCAAGAACGCAGGAACGCAAAGUUUUUCAAAGGAACGCAAGUAAGAGGAACGCACCACCCGAAAUUUUGAAGCGUUCCUGCGUUCUUGCGGAACCACCCGAAAAAAUCAUAUUGCUGCCAAAGACCUCUGUGUCAAAUGUUUGAAUCUCGAGUACGUGUGUUUGCCGGUAGAGGCGCCACUUGUCGGUCGAAUCGAGGAAGGCUUGUUUAGAUUUAGUGGUGAUGUUCACUAUUCGAUUCGGUUUCAGGCAUCAAAUGUGUAAUGGAAAUAUGAUAACUUUUACUUAGAUACAUCUUUCAACUUAACUAUUGUUUUUAAGCAGGUCGUAUUUUUGUUGAAAACCCUACGGAUGAUAUUGGUAAAACGUAUUUCAGAUAUUCGAUUCGGAAAAGAGAUGUCGAGUUGCUUUUCGGCCCCGCGUCGCCAUUCUGGGUAUUCUGUGAUCGAUUCGCCCCGUGUUUGGUUGGGCCCGCGCCGCGUGGUUCGGCGGUAUUUCUUUGUCCACGACUUCGGUUGUGAAGAACACGCCUGUAGUGUUGGACUGGCGCGAUUUGCCUACUUUGUCCGCUACAGUGUUGCGUUGCACUGAUUUUGGUAUGAUUUGCUGCUUGGUAGAGCCAGAAUACAAUACGGGUUAACAGUUUGGGACGCAGGAACGCAGGAACGCUAACGCACCGAGCGAAAAAAAUUGAGGAACGCUAUUCCAGGAACGCACUAACCGCGGCCGGGGGAACGCAGGAACGCUAACGCACUACCGAAAAUCGAGGAACGCGCCCAGCUCUGGCGCUCUGUAACGUAGGACGUAUGUUCAAGGUUAAUCGACCAUUUGCGGUGCAUGUCUUUCCGGUAGUAAAACUCUGAGUUGUGUCUCAAAUCUGUAUGUUCACUGCCGAUGCACUCAAAUACUGAUGCCGGCAGAAUCGGGUAUUAUUUCAUUUUGAUUAAUUCUCAUCAUCGGGAACACUAUGCUGUGGGUAUGGUGGAUAUGGUAUGGUGGAUAUGGUAGAAUAGAUAAUUGUCACUCGUGUGCUUUGUGUUGGAACCCGGAAGAUGUGUGGCGUCUAUGCAUGCUAUGUUCCAAUAUACCCAGAAUCAUC